AAGGAAAAACUGAUAUUUCUUCUCUAUUAUACAUAAUUAUAUGCAGUUUCUUUUAUGCUGGUGACAUUUAUAAAUCACCUACCGUGAUGGUAAUAGUAGAUUUUAAAUAGAAAAGCUAGGUAACCGGUACUCGUUCAAUCUUAAUAAUACUUGAGUGUGACGUGAUACUGUCCGUCAACAGAACAUGUUUGAAUAGAUAUUUUCAGUGUUUACAAAGUCGGAUGAGAAUGUACAUAGAAAGGAAGUACAUGUAGUUGUGUUAAUACAAAAAGGAAAUUAUCAAGGACCUAUAAAGUUUAAAUAAUUUUAUCUGCCAUACAUAGAUCAGUGUAAGUGCGGAUAAUGUAGGAAUAAAAGUUUAGAAUUUGUUUCAACAUAUCAAGAUCGCAAGCUCUAAAGACAAGCCCUAAUUACCCGAUGUACCGCUCUACUAUGACGAAGCUGGAUAAACGUUCAAAUUGACGGGACAGUUCUGUACAAGGGAAACAAGUAUAGGAAGAUGAUAAUGGAUUUAACUAUGCUAGAUCUCUGGGCUGAGCAAGACAGAACGUGAUUAUUCAGUAAUGUUCAGACAUGGUGUUCAACUAUACAUGUGUUUUAUGUGAUCUACAAAUGGAGUAUUAACAUGUGUUUCUGUGACGAUAAUGAUCAUUAUAUGAUUGCACGUGCAUAACGUAUAUCCACUUACGAAGUGAUUAACUGUCAUUAUAUGCUUUGAUAAUAAGUAUGUAUCUGGAAUUUAAAGGAUAGUUUUUUUACAUCAAGAAAAAAAUACAAUCCAAAAAGUGUCUUAAAAUCAUUGAAAAUUGUACGUUUACACCUACACACAUGCAAAAAGCAACAUGGACUUUUUCACUAUUUUGUUUACAUUGGCAGUGGUCUGUGUUGUGUUUGUUUUGAUAUUCGGUAAAGAGAACAUAAAAACGCUCUUGGAAUCUCUUUUUCUGGAAGAGGAUACAGAAAACGCUGAGGUGAUCGAAGAAAAUGUGACCUUUGCUUUGGAGAAGUUCGGCAAGACACCUAGGCCAACUUGGUCUGAAAUGCCAGAGGUAUCGUCCAGUGGCAUUCUCAAGAUAAUCACUUCCCACGAAAUACAACUUCACGAGUUGAUGUUUGAAAUAAUCACCUCAGAAGCGACAUAUCUGAACAGUUUAAAGGUUCUUGAUCAAGUAUUUGCCAAGUCGGAAGAAUUCAGUUCCAACGAACCUGGUAAAUGUAUUCUAACAAAGCAGGAGCGUCAUGUUAUCUUCUCAAAUACUGAGGAUAUACGUAAAACUAGCGAAAGAUUUUUGUCUGAGUUAGCUUCCUCUUGGAGAAAGUCCAUAAAGUUACUGGAGAUUUGUGAUAUUAUACAAAAACAUGCCAGCAACAAUUUUUCUUGCUAUGUGCUUUACUGCAGCAACCAAGAAUAUCAGAAUAGAACGGCAACUGCAUUGAAAAAAAGACCUGACUAUUUAAAUGCGCUAGCGACUUUGGAGAAACACGAAGACUGCAAAUCACUUUCUUUAACGUCGUUUCUAAUAUUACCUGUGCAAAGAGUACCACGACUUUUGUUACUUGUGGCAGCAAUUUGUGAACGGGUAGACAAAAUAGAUGAUGAAAAGAGAAGAAAAUCUGAUCUUGUUGCUAAUGAAAACCGUAAUAAUGAAAAGAGCAGUAUCAAAAAGUCUGCGAUGUGUGCUAUGAAGGCGCUGAAUAAAGUGGCCAGACAGAGUGAUGAUGCUGUAAGAAGAAUGCAACAAACAGAGCAGAUGAUUAGCCUUGACAAGAAGAUAGACUUUCCUCUUAAUAAAAUGGCCAAAAUACCUUUGAUCUCGGCAUCAAGGUAUUUGGUGAAACAAGGGGCCGUGACGAAGAUUGUAAACGAGGCAAGCAAUCGUAUAAUCUUCAGCAGUUCUAAACCUAGCAAAAAGAUUAGGCAUAUUUUCUUAUUUACUGAUGUGUUGCUAAUUACGAAGAAAAAAGGGGACAGAUACAAAGUUACAGACUAUAUUCAACGUAAUAAACUAGUUAUUGAAGAAAUAGAUAAUGUUGAUACGUAUACAAGAGUUCUUCCCCAUGGUGUGCCUAGCGGGUGUAGCAAUCUGUUCUUGCUGGUGAUGCUAGAGAAUUGUGAAAAGAGACAAGUGGAAGAGGUUUAUGCAUGUGACUCUGCGAGUGACAGAGCUAGAUGGGUGGAGGCACUAACACCUUUAAAAAUUACAGAGAAUGAACAGAUAUAUGAAAAUUGGGACUGUCCACAAGUGAAAUGCGUAAAAAGAUAUGUUGCUAAGGAAUCAGAUGAACUUACUCUGGAACUUUUAGAUGUUGUUAAUGUUUUCAAGAAGCUUAAAGAUGGAAUGUUUGAGGGUGAGAGAAUAAGAGACGGUGAAAGGGGCUGGUUCCCUUCAAAUCACACGGUAGAAAUAGAAAAUGACCACGUGAGAGCUCGCAAUACACGUAUGAAAUAUAAACUGAUGUCAGCAACAGAGAAUUAUGGGAGGUCAAAGCGUAUUCAAGAACCAGCUCAGAAGAUACAGAAUACAACUGAGUCAACAUGAUAGUGAUUUCUGCUUGUGGUUUUAUUUCUAAAUUGAGACAAUAUUGUCUUGGGAGAGUUGGACCAGUCUUUUACUGUAACAAUAAUUAAAGAAAAUAAGCUGAAUUCUGCUUAGUGGGUACAUGACUUUGUGUAUUUGUCUUGGUAUAUUGAAUCGUAUCGAGCUGGCCACAUAGGUUAAAAAUGUUGUAUUGCUGAAAUUUCAUAUUUAGCUAAAGUUACGUAACUUCACUGUAAAUCCCAAUAAUUAACUCGUUAUACUUCGAAUAACAUAAAAAUCGGCCGAUAUCUUAUAUGAAAGUGAUAUAAGUGCACAUUUUGUUCAACUUCUUAGGCGAAUUGAGUGCUUUAAGCGGCCGUGUGUUUUGAGUUUAUUUUAAAGUGUUUAUAAAGUCCUAUUACAUGGCUGGAACCAUCUUUUAAACACAAAACUGCUACUUCAACUCAGGUUAUACCAUUAAAUCAUCUCUUUUUUGCAUUUGUUUCAACUGAUUUUAAAUCAAAGGAAGUACGUGGACCAAAACUUAAAGAAAUGUCGCCUUGCUUUUCCCUAUGCUUUACAAAUGAAAUCCAUCCAUCCGCACAAGCAAUGCAUUCGAUAUGACCAUACAUUACCUUUAUAUUGCAUUGUACAAGAGAUCUCCUGCUUGUUAUUGAACAAAGUUGGUAAUGCUUUGGUACCUGCGGUUGUACUUGGGUGCGCUGAAGAACACUGAUUCAGCUGUAUAUAUGUUAUAAACACAGCCUUCGGCGUAUAGAUGCAGAUGACAAAGCAUCAAUUUUCUAAGUGUCUUUAUAUGCAAAUGUUGAUACUUUUGUAAAUAUAGUUUUGUAAUGGCCAAACAUCACCUCCGAGCGAGAAAUCAAAAUAGCUUACAACAUGUCUUUCAUAAUGUGUAUAGCUUUUGAGUGACGCAUAACAGUGGUAUGCUAAUAAAUGUCUUUUUGACAAAAUAUUUUGUUAAAGUUAAGCAAAGGUUACGAUCUAAUAUUACGUUAUGCAACUGAGGGUUUCGUUUUGAGAACUUAAACUUGCGUUUUAUAUCUAACUUGAUCAAGUACUAUUGUGCUUGCUUUGCUUUUAAGAAUGCCCUGUCUCAUCUUCUGUGGCAUUAUAUUUCUUUGUUAACGUUCAAUAUCCCUUUUUGUCGGUCAGUUAUUUUGCAAAUACAAAAUUCAGAUUUUCCUUAAAAAUAAUCCUCCGCAUCUUUUGAAGUUGUAAUUCCUAUAUUUUAUGCUGUUGCAAACAUCGAACAUGGAGAUGUAUUUCUCCUUAUUAUAUGCCUUCCUAUAAAUAGAAACAAAUUGUACAUGACGGAAUCCUGUAAUUAAUGCCGACUCGUUACUAAAACGAUACAUGCCGUGUCGAUAAAAGGCAAUGGCGUGCAUGAAGUGGUCAUUGCCACUCCCAAAAAUAUAUAUAAGCGCUCGAGCUAUGCCUUCGUGCCGCUAUAGACUGUGUCGUGCCAAUAAGUGUAUAGUAAUAACAGUUUGUUCUGAGGUAUUGCUGUAUAUUGCUUGUCAAACAUUUAAUCAGAUUUGGUACUAAAGGGGAAGUCUAGAGAUAUAUAAAGUAUAUAAAUAUAAUGUAUGUUAACCCUUUACAAGUACAAGUUUAACAUCCCCUUACAAGGUUUAAUAUUCAUUUUCAAGGUUAAAGUAUAGUUAUUGUAUCCGCUCUGCUGUUGUGAAAGGCAUCAAUGCUGUUACACAUGUGCUAUGAGCGUAAAUGUACUGCUUCAUCUUUGAUUAAACUACUCGUAAUAUACAUAGUAUGUGUUCCUGCCUUGGCAAUUUUGUAAAGUACUGGCAUUAAUACAUGUAUAGGAUGUUGUUAUACACAACAUUAUGUAGAGACUUACCCUAAGCCUUCUUUACACAAUGGAAACAAUCUGUUUAUAGGGUGAAAUUAUUCAGUGAACACCGUUUGUCAAUCCUAAUCCUGUCUAUGUUAUAUCAGUGCAAUGGAAAAGUAAGUUAUAUAUCUUAAACGCUAUGCAGAAUAACGCAGUCAUGCAUUUAACAGUCCUGGAAUUGAUUUCUUUGGUUUUUGUCAUAUUUCUAGAUGUUUUUCCAUACUUUGACGCAUAUAUAUGGGUAGCAGAGAUUGGUCUCUUUCCAGCAUUAGCUUUUUCAACAUAUUUUACCUUGUGAAAUUCUGUGUUGACAAAUUUCACCACUUUCCCCAGGGCAUUAAGUGAUUUGAUCUCUACAUUGUUUCCAUUUCAGGCUGUUAAUUAUUGUAUCAAUUAUGCAUGAUCUUUUCAUGCGUAGGGGUAAAAAUUGCAUGGUUUGCAUGAGGUACUAGGUCAGAAUUCACCUAAGCCUACAAUAAAGUCUUAGCGGAGUUGUCUCCAUUUUUCCAAAUAUUUUACCCGGGAUCAUUUUUUUCAGCUCAAGUAACGUUGUUGUUUUUUUUUUCAGAAAAUGAUACUUUAAUUAUUUUUCAGACCGUGUACUUUGAUACAGUUAAUAAUACAUAUAUCUACAAUAGGUAAUGCCUACAUGAAGUUUGUAUUUUUAGUUCCACUGCCUACAUUAUGUGCUUUGUGACACAGACAUGUCUUUUUGUUGUUAUUAAUGGAAUUUACUAAUAUCAUAUACUAGUAACACUUGACAAUCUCUUAUUGCAUUAACAUUCCAUUUGUUUUAAGAAUUUAACUUUAAAUUUGAUCUUUCAUUUAUAGUCACCUGAUAUCUCUGUUAGAAUAAUUUGUUUUCUAUAUCAAAUUACAAAUAUUUGAAUUAGAGUGUUACUGUAUCAGUACUGUUGAUAGAAAGUGCAAAUUUCAUACAUGUAUUCAUGUUAAGAAACGUACAGAGGGCACAGUUAUCAUGUGUGUCUAACGUGUUUUAUACAGUACAGUUGCGUUCAAAAUUAAUGUCCGACAGAACUGUUAAUGUGCUAAUUAUAUCAACAAAAGUCAAAUGAUAACGAAAAAAAAGAGAGAAAAUGGAUUAAGUUUCAAAUCUGAAUUUCCCGAUGAAAGCUGUUAAACAUUAGUACACGUAUAUUAAUCAAAGAGCGAUAACACUGGAAAAUUGGGUUACAUGAUGUCUACAAUCCCUUUAUACAGCAUGUUUUCGUUAAGAUUCCAUUAAAUAUAGGAAAACUAUACCUGAAUGAGGAUCAAAGUUUGGUAAAAAUCAAAUAUGAUUACAUGUAUUUCAUUUUUAUUGAUGUAAAAUGCUUGGUAUCUCUUUUUUAUGUAGUAUUAUGAUCUGUUUAUCCGUAUACAUUAUCAUAUGGCAUAUAUUUUGUCUUACUAUUAGUUUCAGUGCGAAUAAAAUAACUUUUAUAUUA